ACUUUAUUUUCCUCUCUUCAUCUAACAGAGGAUUCUUGUCGUUCAUCAGCGUUUCUCUCUCUCGCUCUCUCUCUCUCUCUCCCUCUCUCUGGAUGAGCGAGGGAUGACAGAGUGAUGUGCUGAGCUGUCAGUCAUGUCUACAGCUCUCUGCUUCGUUAAGGCGUGCAGGAAACAGCAGCUAACGAACUUAACGAGUGUGUGCUGAGAGCCUCCUCUCUGUUUGGUUAAUUAUUCAUCCGUCACUCCAUCAGCCUUUAUGUAACGGAGAGAGAGAGAGAGAGAGACGGGCGAGAGAGAGAGACAGGCAGAGAGAGAGAGAGAGAGCGGCGGGCAGCGAGACAGGCAGAGAGUGAUGUUUGUGUCGGUGUGGUACGCCAAGAAGAUGGGACGAAGAUUCAUCAACAACGUACGCAGAGCCAAGAGACACAGGCAGAGGAUGAUGAUGAACGGAUCAGAGGGAGAGCUGGAGUAUGAAGAGAUCACUCUGGAGAGGGGUAACUCUGGUCUUGGCUUCAGUAUUGCUGGAGGGACUGAUAAUCCUCACAUCGGAGACGACCCGUCCAUCUUCAUCACUAAGAUCAUCCCAGGAGGAGCGGCCGCUCAGGACGGACGCCUCAGGGUGAACGACAGCAUCGUGUUCGUUAAUGACGUGGAUGUGCGAGAGGUCACUCACUCUACCGCUGUGGAGGCCCUGAAGGAGGCGGGGCCUGUGGUCAGGUUGUAUGUGUUGCGGCGACGCCCACCAAACGAGCGCAUCACGCAGAUAAAGCUGAUGAAAGGACCCAAAGGUCUGGGUUUUAGUAUAGCGGGCGGCGUGGGGAACCAACAUGUUCCUGGAGACAACAGCAUCUACGUGACGAAGAUCAUUGAGGGCGGGGCGGCACACCGAGAUGGACGGCUACAGAUCGGGGACAAAAUACUGGCUGUGAACCACAUGUCUCUGGAGGACGUCCUACAUGAAGAUGCUGUGUCUGCCCUGAAGAACACGGGGGAGGUGGUUUACCUGAAAGUGGCCACGCCCACCUCACAGUACAUCCACUCCGUCGAUCGAUACAGCCCCCCUGAUCUGACCAGCUCCUACAUGGAGCCGGACUACAUGUGCGAUUACCCACAAGCCCUCCCUCCCCCGUCACCACGGCGGUACUCUCCUAUCCUCCGCGGUAUGAUGGGAGAGGACGAGUACUCCCGGGAGCCCCGCAGAGUCUGCGUGCAGCGUGGAUCCACUGGUCUGGGCUUCAACAUCGUGGGCGGAGAGGAUGGAGAGGGGAUCUUCAUCUCCUUCAUCCUCGCUGGAGGACCAGCAGACCUGAGCGGGGAACUCCGCAAGGGGGACCAGAUCCUCAGUGUGAACGGUGUGGAUCUCAGGUAUGCGACUCAUGAACAGGCGGCGGCAGCACUGAAGAACGCGGGGCAGACGGUUACCAUAGUAGCACAGUACAGACCUGAAGAUCACAGCCGCUUUGAAGCUAAGAUCCACGAUCUGAGGGAGCAGAUGAUGAACAGCUCAUCAGGGAGUCUGAGAGCUAACCGCAGCUUCUACAUCAGGGCGCUGUUCGACUAUGACAAGCAGUGGGACUGCGGCGUCCUCUCCCAGGCUCUGGACUUUAACUUUGGGGAGGUUCUUCAUGUGAUGGACAGCGCUGACGAUGAAUGGUGGCAGGCCAGACGAGUCAACCAGCAGGGGGAGCUAGAAGAGCUGGGAUACAUCCCAUCCAAACACAGGGUGGAGAGGAAGGAGUGGUCCCGUCUAAAGAACAAAGGUCGAGAAGGUUUUGUGCACAGCUAUGAGCUGGUCACUCAGAUUGAAGUGGACUACGCUCGCCCCGUCAUCAUCCUGGGCCCGACCAAAGACCGGAUCAAUGACGACCUGCUGUCCGAGUACCCAGACAAGUUUGGCUCCUGUGUCCCUCACACAACUCGCCCUCGCCGGGACUACGAGGCCGAUGGGCGGGACUAUCACUUUGUGUCGUCACGGGAACAGAUGGAGCGGGAUAUCCAGUCUCAUCGCUUCAUCGAGGCGGGGCAGUACAACAACCAUCUGUAUGGGACGUCAGUGCAAAGUGUUAGACAGGUGGCUGAGCAGGGGAAACACUGCAUCCUGGACGUGUCGGCGAACGCCGUCAGGAGGCUGCAGGCCGCUCAGCUCCACCCCAUCGCCAUCUUCAUCAGGCCACGCUCUCUGGAGAACAUCCUGGAUCUGAAUAAGCGUCUGUCAGAGGAGCAGGCGAGGAAAGCUCUGGACCGAGCCAUUAAACUGGAGCAAGACUUCCUGGAGUGUUUUACAGCCGUGGUGCAUGGCGACAGCUUCGAGGAGGUCUACCACCUGGUCAAGGCUGUCAUCGAGGAGCAGAGCGGCCCUUAUAUCUGGGUUCCAGCUCGUGACAGACUCUGAUUGGCCACUGCCAGCCUCCAGCGCCAUCACACCUCCCUCCACCCUUCCUCUCAACAGCGUGACCUAACGGAGGGCAGGCGUUUGUCUUUUUACAUUUUUGUUUCUUUCUACGGAGGACAGCACUUCAGCAAGCCCUUUGGACUGGCACUGUUGCCAUGGCAACCCUGUGAUGUUCAAUAUGAGAAGGGGGCGUGUCUGUCCAUCUGCCCAGUCUGUGAUGGAGGCAGAGACGAUGGACAGUCUGGGUGUUGGUUGAAUAAUUGUGUAUUUGAAUCAGAGGAGCAUAGACCUGAGUUCAUAUUCAGUAUUUAUAUUAUCCUAUUUAUUGAUUGAUUUACCUAUUGAUCUAUUGAUUUAUGUGAUGUGAAAAUGCUGUGAGUGUGUGUGGGCGUGGCUGUGUGAGCGUUGGUGUGAAGUGUAAAUAAAGACUGUGUGACUGUAAAUACAACCAUGGGGCUCAAACACACAGUCUAUUCAGGGCUUAAAGUAUGAAACACUAGAUCACAACUCUGACCACCCAUUUAAGGACUACAAUACCCACAAUCCUCACAUAAAGGACUGCAACACCCACAAUCCUCCCUAAAAGGACUUCAACAUCCACAAUCCUCCCUAAAAGGACUUCAACACCCACAAUCCUACCUAAAAGGACUACAACACCCACAAUCCACACUUAAUGGACUUCAACAAUCACAAUCAUCCCUUAAAAGACUACAACACCCACAAUCCUAACUAAAAGGACUACAACACCCAUAACCCCCCCCUUAAGGACUACCACACCCACAAUCCUAACUAAAGGACUACAUUAACCACAAUCUCCCCUACAAGGACUACAAAACCCCUAAAAGGACUACAACAUCAACAAUCCCAGGUUAAAGGACUACAACACCCACAAUCCUCACCAAAAGGACCAUACCACCCACAAUCCUCCCUAAAAGGACUACAACACCCACAAUCCUACCUAAAAGGACUUGAACAAUCACUAUCCUCCCUUAAAGGACUACAACACCAACAAUCCUCCCUAAAAGGACUACAACUCCCACAAUCCUCAAUUAAAGGACUACAACACCCACAAUCAACCCUAAAAGAAUACAACACCAACAAUCCUCCCUAAAGGACUAAAACACCCACAAUCCUCACCAAAAGGACCAUAACACCCACAAUCCUCACCAAAAGGACCAUACCACCCACAAUCCUACCAAAAAGGACUUCAACAAUCACAAUCCUCCCUUAAAGGACUACAACACCCACAAUCCUAACUAAAAGGACUACAACACCCAUACCCCCCCCCCCCCCCCCCCCCUUAAGGACUACCACACCCACAAUCCUAACUAAAGGACUACAUUAACCACAAUCCCCCCUAAAAGGACUACAAAACCUCCUAAAAGGACUACAACACCAACAAUCCCAGGUUAAAGGACUACAACACCCACAAUCCUCACCAAAAGGACCAUAACACCCACAAUCCUCCCUAAAAGGACUUCAACAAUCACAAUCCUCCCUAAAAGGACUACAACACCCACAAUCCUCCCUAAAAGGACUACAACACCCACAAUCCUACCUAAAAGGACUUCAACAAUCACAAUCCUCCCUAAAAGGACUACAACACCCACAAUCCUAAAUAAAAGAAUCCCAACACCCACAAUCUACACUUAAUGGACUUCAACACCCACAAUCCUACCUAAAAGGACUUGAACAAUCACAAUCCUCCCUUAAAGGACUACAACACCAACAAUCCACCCUAAAAGGACUACAACUCCCACAAUCCUCAAUUAAAGGACUACAACACCCACAAUCCUCCCUAAAAGGACUACAACAUCAAACAAUCCUCCCUAAAAGGACUACAACAACCACAAUCCUAACUAAAAGGAAUAUAACAUCCACAAUCCUCCCUCAAAGGACUACAACUCCCACAAUCCUGCCGAAAAAGACUACAACACCCACAAUCCUCACCAAAAGGACCAUAACACCCACAAUCCUCCCUAAAAGGACUACAACACCCACAAUCCUAACUAAAAGGACUACAACACCCACAAUCCUCCCUGAAAGGACUGCAAACCCCACAAUCCUGCCAAAAAAGACCACAACACCCACAAUCCUCACCAAAAGGACCAUAACACCCACAAUCCCCCCCUAAAAGGACUACAACAUCCCCUAAAAGGACUACAACACCCACAGUCCCAGGUUAAAGGACUACAACCCCCCCCCCCCCAAGACUACAACACCCACAAUCCUAGUUUACAGGACUUCAACACCCACAAUCCUAUGUUUAAGGACUACAACACCCACAAUCUUAACUAAAAGAACUACAGUACCCACAAUCCCCCUAAAAGGACUUCAACAUCCAGGGCCCUCUUAAAGGGCUACAACAUCUGCAAUAUACAGACACCCCCACCCCCUAUGUGAAGGACUACAACUCCCUUAACACUCCUGCUAACGACAAAACCCAUUAUUU